AUUGGGAUCGUCCAUCAGUCAUCGAACACCCUCACCACCACCACCGCCACCUUCCCACCUCUUCAUUCUUUAUAUAGGUCCCUUCCAGCGGCUCCUAUUCACUCCCAACAGCAGUCUCUCGCCUCCACCACCCAUGCCUUCUCCUCCUUCGUCUCAAAGCAGGCGGCCGUCCUUUGCUAGGAGUCGCAGCCAGCAAACCUUUCACGACCCCACUCGUCAAUUCAGCACCAUCGGGGGCCCACCAACACCUUAUCAUGGACCUUCGCCCAGGAACCCAAUUGGUUCCCGGCCACCCUUAUCAAUGCCCGUCGUGCAGGGGGGAGGAGCACCUUUGUCCCCCGCUACCAUUAAUAGCACGGCAGUAUCUGCAUUUGCCACCAUGCACAAGGCAUACCAUUCAAAAGAGGAUAUCGACUUCUGGUCCAUGCUCUACUCUCAGAGCCAUAUCCACACGCGUCAGGAUUACCAGGUCUCGCAGGAGGAUAGCGCAACCAUUACCUCUGCGUCCUUGACCAAAGACGUCGGGCGGACUCAGGGCCCAGUCAAGGUCUGGCAAGUCCUGACAAAAACCGUGAUUCGAGACACUAGCGGCAGCAACGGUCCCUCAAGUCCGCAGCGGUACCUGCCUCCCUUGCAGGAACACCAUCGUCAGCGAUUGCAGCAGCAACAGCAGCCGUAUUUCCACUUUGAACGGCUCCCGAUCAUGGUUCAGACCUCAGCCGCAGCCCUGUCUCCGCAUGGACAGCCAUUCUCGAUCGUAUUCUUCUUCACGGUCGAGUCUGCUCCUGUAACGCUGUGGUAUAUCGAGUCGGCCUUCACUAGGUCGGCAACAAUGUACGAACAUAUGGAACUCAUGGGGACAUUUCAGCCCAACAACCCGAACGAUCCUAUGUCCGUUUACGUUUACGAGACCCGCGAGUUUAGUAUUGCUCAGCCGACUCACGAGGACACGGUGCUCGAUAUCCGUGUGCAGAGUCCAACAGGGGCGACUUUUGGCGAAUGGUCCUAUACCUUUGUCAACGAGGCUAAACCUGGGUCAGUAUCUUCCGUAUCAUCAACCUCAGCGCAUUAUUCGCCACGCAGGGGCAUCAGCAAGAGCAGUAGCAUCAGCAAAAGCAGUAGCAUCAGCAACAUUAACGACGUCCCAGUAGCCGAGGCUCAUCAACGCAGCUCAGACCAACUUGUAGAAACCUCGCCUUCCGCUUUCAAUAAAUCGGCCUCACCGGCGCUGCAAUCACCUCUGGACAGCUAUGAUAUGGUUGAAUUAGACUCGCCCGUGUCACUGGAAUACUUUCCUCAGCAGACACAGGAGUAUCAACCAUUAUCUGUAGAGGACAAGGACCAGGACGAGCAUCCGGCAGCUCAUUCUUCAUUGGAUUCAAACACUAGCCAGCCAAGCCCACACACAUCUCUACCGACACUUGUGCAAUAUCAUCUCGAGGACGAUUCAGGAGACGAAGGCGAGGAAGAGGACGACGACAACAAGGAGGCAAUGACUGGGAGCAGCUUUACAGAAGAGCCUGACGCGGGAGAGCACUUUAUGCAGGCAACCUCCGAAUUUUUCUCGAAGAUGGGAUACUGGCUGUAUAACUCCAGAGUUGUUCAGUACAUUGCGCGAGACGAACGCAGCAGAAUAAAAACUGUGUUUCAGACGGAAGACAUCUGGCUCCUGGGAGUGUGCUACAGUUUUGAACCCAUCGAGCCUACAUGCUCCCUCCCGGAGGCACCACGGUCUAGAAAGAUAUCGGUACUACAACCACAGGUGUCAUCUAGCCGCGGAGGGGAUUCGAAAAGCAGCAUUCUAAACGGCCAUGGCUCGCUCGCAGAUGCCCCUCGGGACUUUAAGCGGGGGUGGGAGCGCAAAGUCGCUCAGGUCAUGAUAUCUCCCAGGCUCACGACAGAUAACGAUCCCAUUCUCACUCACAACACAACAGAAGAAGGGCCCGAAGCAAGCCAAGGUCGAUCGCGGAGCAAGGAGAGGCACAUAGAACGACAGAGGGAGAAAGAGUUGGCGAAAGCAAAGAAGUUAGCCCAGGCCAAGGAGCGCGAGCUCGAACGGGAGCAGAAAAUUGCACAAGAAAAAGAGAGAGCAAAGGAGAAGGCGCGAUCAAAGGACCAGGAACGGCUGCAGAAACUCAAGGCAAAAAUAUCGCAUCCUCAAUUCGACAGGACCAAUGUACGCGAAGGAACCAGAGACCUCUCGGAAUUGACCUCAGGCGACUUAAAAGAAAGCGAUGGCAUUGUAGCGCAGUCAGACCGCGACCGAAAAUCGCAUUCCAUACACGGAUAUCAACGUGUGGAGAAACCGCAUAUAGGCUUGGGACUGACGGCCACGCCCGUUGAUCCAAAACAGAGUGUUAUCAAGCGGAUGAGAUCCAUGUCGAUUCUUCCCAAGGCGCCGGUCGCUGCCUUUGAUCGCUUUGCGCAAAAGGUGAGCACACAGGAAUCGCAGCCUCGUGUUCGUCCUGACCGGACGCAUCAAUCAAGGUCCCAAUCCAUCUCUGGUAUUUCCAUUUUCUCGCAACGAUCCGGAGGCACCUCGUCUUUUUCAGGCUCGUCCAGGACGCGUCCAAGCUCACCAACACCGCCAUCCUCUCUCAAAACAUCCAUGAGCGUUUAUACGGCCCUCGCUAUCAGCCCUAAGACAACGGCACCAUCAAAAAUGGCAAAUCUCAACCUAAGUCAGAAAAAGCUACCGGAUCUUCCAUCUCCAUCCCUGGAUGAUAUAUCCGAUAUACCCACUUACCGAUACCAGGAUGCAAAUCAAGAGGACUACGACGAUUCUGACGACGAUAUGCUAGCAUAUGCGCCCCCUGUUCCGGACAAGAGCGCCGAGGGCCAAGUAAACGCAUCGCAUGCCUUGACCGUGGAUAUAAACUCAGGGCGCCGGAGGAGAACCAUAUCCAGCUUCUUAUCCAAAGAUCCAAAGCUCCCUUCUACUGGUGGUAAUGGGGUCCUAAAGACCCUUGUAAAUGUGAGUAAGAUUUCUUUGCGACCAAAGGCAGAAGAUGUGGCAUCGAUGCCGAGACAAACCCCCCCCAGCGCAGACAUCGCCGCCUCUUCAACGGCCUUUUCAUUUGGAAUGAAACCUACAGGAAAGGAGGGGUCUUCUUCUACUCCAAAGAAAUGGGGUGUGACCAAGAAUAUGCAAAACUGGAUCGACCGCCGACUCUCUUCCAGUAACCUUCACCAGCAGUACUUCAUUGCGGCGACGGAUGAGCCCGUUCCACCUGUUUCGAGGGAGAUUACCCUUUCUUCACCCAUUUCGAGGGAGAUUGCCCAUUCUCCACCCAGCAGCCCAGUGCAAACAGAAGCAGGAAACGUCGGGUCCAAUAUUUACAAUCGCCCUCAAGAGAAGGACCCUCAAGUUCAGAAGUCCCCCUUCCAGUAAAGGACGGGCUGUUCCGCGAUCACCCACGCAGCAGACAAGGCAAUCGUUCGACUUUAAUGCGCCAAAGGACACUCAUUAUAAUCAAGAGACAACCCUAGCAACAGGAUCACCAUGCGCAACUGCACCUGUACCUGAAGCGACUGUCAACAUGGCUUCUUUGGUCCAACCAGUCUUGGACAAUCCACACCCGAGCCGCUCGACA